ACCGCCAUCCAGCCCCACACUUUCCUCUUCCCCACACAGCGCUAUGAUGAUGGCACUCUGGUGCACGGACUAGGGGCACAGACGUUGGUCCGGAUCGAAAAAUGAUAAAGGGGUGCAGUGUGCUGUUCAGAUCAAACUUUCACGAGCGAACAAACGCCGGGAUAUCAAUUUCAUCGCAGACCUCACUCUGCCCUCCCCUUCCAUACACUCCCCUCUCAUACCCACUCUGUUAGCGGCGGCUCUACUUUGCUUCGCUUUGUGGUCGAGCCAGGUUUCAAGAGAAGAGAUAAUUGCUCACCACCGCCAAAGCAAAGCCCUGUUGGUAGAGACCACUCCGGGUCCAACCGUUCGUUCACCUACACCUGAACCACCGAAAAUUCUAAAAGGCAAGCGCUCCCCAUUCGCCUGUGGGGAACGGGUUCUCCUUCUUUCCUUCUUGCGCUGCCCAUUGUAUUCCCUUUUCAAACUCUGAGGCUCUUCUUUGGGGUCCAGGGGUCCACGUUUAUCUUACUUUUGACUUUUGGCUUUUGCUCUACCUUCCCUUCGCUUUUGCUCGGCACUCUCGCUGUUCAUACACAUACGUUACGUUGCUCCGGGCGAACCUACGCCUCUAGCACGGUAACUUUACCUAACCUAAAUCUACGAUUACUUACCUGCUGAAGCACAGGCAAAGUCCGUCCCCCACCACCUUGAGCCAGAGCAAGUUGCCAUGAACGACCGCUACACAAGCUACCCACAAGACCGCGACCUUCAUCAUCACCACCGCCACGCUCCUACCUCCCGAGCUCCCAGCUACUCGCUACCCUCCUACCCCGGCGUUCCACCAAAACAGAUUCCACACCACCACCACCACUCGUCGUCUUCGUCAAGCACGUCGCCUGGCAUCGCCGACGCAACGCCAAUUCGCUACCCCGGGUACGCACACGGCCCGCCGUCGCUGAGCACGUCGAGCAUUAGCAGCAGCUCGUAUGCUGGCAGCGCGGACGGGGAGAAUGGGGACGGAGACGUUGAUCUCGUUGCGCUGCUGACGGAGAGGCUGGCUGGUGCGUUUGACCCGCUGCAGUUGGAUCGGAGUUUGGCAGUGCAGGCCCAGACGUAUGUCACCUUCUGUUAACUAACUCCUUCACUCGGGGGAGGAGGGGAAAGUGCUGACAAGGUCAUCAUAGCUCCGGCAUGUUGAACUCGAAAACCCGAGAAUUGAUCGCCCUGCAGGAGGAAGCUCAAGCGCGGCUAGCAGAAACAAGACGGUGCUUCCUGGAAGGCAUGAAGGUUGCCAAAGAAGUAAAGUCGGAUCUGGACUACGUGCAUCGGAAAGUCAAGUACGCUCACCCCACCCUCAAUUCUCUCAAUCAAUGGACCCGGCAAGAACGGAAAGGGCUAAUAUUUCACCUCCAUUGCAGAGUGCUUAAACAGAAAACCCAGAGAAAGUACGUUACCUGCCUCCCCCCAAAUCCAAUCCGAUCCAAUCCCAUAAAAGCCCGUACCCGUCCUCCAUGUCUCACUCGAUCCAUCCAACACAAAACCCGAUCGAUGCUACCCCUCACGUGGUCUUCUUGGUACUUACGAGCUCAUGUAAUUUACUGUAACUUAGAUACCCCGUGGAAUACGACAUGGCACGUGAUCGGAUUCCUCCUACUACUCAAUAGUACACUCUCAUUAUUCGAGCCGUGACAAUAACUCACCUUAACCUACCUUACCUUCCGAUUGUAAUUUGUAUAACUGGGCUUUCUCGCUAUCGUAUUCUUCUCUUUUUUUUUCUUCUUCUCUAUUCUCAUAAUUUUCUUACUCGCACUUCAGAUUCUUCUUCCCUUUUCACUCUAUACUCUACUUUAACUAACGAACCGCCUACCUAUCUCUCGUCCCACUCUGGUGCUGGAAUGAACGAGACGGAGCGGUACUGGUGGUGCGAGAUGAUAUGCAAUAACGCAUGGGUUCAGGUGUAGGCGUAAGGUCUGCUCUUUUAUUCUCACUGUUAUAUCACGGGCUCUACUUUUUCCUCCAUUCUUCCUCCUUUACGCUGCGAGGUUACGUGACCUUUUGUAUCUCGCCUCCUCGCCCCUAGUGGCACUGGUAUCCUCUUUUAAACUUACUAAGCUGUGAGUCUCUUUUUGUUUUUUUUCUCGCGGUUCAUCUGGGUGUUUUUUUCCCCUUGUCUCAUCUUGCUGCCUAAGAAGAGUAAGGGAGAGAGAAGAAGGCAGUCUUUCGUUUAUAGACGGUUCGGUUAAUCUGGUUGUUGGGGGAGGUUAUUGUAUCUUUUUGAACCCUUGAAUUUUGGAGUCUAUUUGAUUUUGUUGGUGGGUACUCGUAUUCUAUCGUUGGCAUGGCAUCACCUCGGAUCGCAUUAUUGAGUACUGGUGCAGUAUCGCAGACAAAUGCGCAAAGAACGAAGCACAGGGGAGGAGGGCUACUCCAUCUUCCCCACCAUCGUUCAGGGCAACACGGGAAGUUUGUAAAUUCGCAAAACUCCUUCAAAACCCGAUUAUAGGGAGCAGUGUAUGGUGCAAAGUGACACAAACCGAGUCCUCAAAACAGGGCAAAUGCGAUCUUGAACUAGUUGAUCAUAAGAGCAAAUAUUUUCAAAAAAAAAAAAAGUGGGU